AUGGCAACAAAAGCCUCCCUUAAUACAGACCUCCCUGGGGACGAAAAAAAAUGGAAUGUCUGGGCAGAUCGGCACGAUGUCUCCAAUUCGACCAUCCAUGAUGCCACUCUCACUUCUGCAUCCACCAUCAACGAGAAGCAAUACUUGCUGUUGCAGGUUCUCUGGACCUCAGGAAGCGGCCAAGAACUUAGCCUGGUAUCUCGAGGACGGAGGGUCCUCAAACAGGUUCUCAGUCGUCUUCACGUAUCGCAGGACCGUCAUCAGAUAUUCAUCACCUUUGCGGAGUAUGACAGCAGAUACAUUCAAUAUCUUAACAAUACACUCCCUCCCAAGUCGCCACGUCCGUUUCUCAAAAUGCACGAAUUCGGACCUUGGAAUACAAUGGAUAGGGGUGAAUUGGAGAACAUUGGCGGCAUUCUGCUGGCGAUCGCCUUGCGCGCGUAUUCUGAUGCCAAUCUGGGCAAAGCAUUCACCAAUAAGCAGAAGAGUGGCUGA